CAUGUGAGUACUAGUCUACUUCUAAAUCUAGAUACACGACUUAUGCAGGAACCUAUGUGAGUACUAGUCUACUUCUAGAUCUAGAUACACGACAUAUGCAGGAACCCAUGAGAGUACUAGUCUACUUCUAGAUCUAGAUCUAUAAUGGUCUCUUCAUCGAGUGUUAUGUGCAGGGCCGGAUUUAAGGGAGUUACAGCAGUUACAGCCCAGGGAUCUCCACAAGAAAGGGCCAUCAACAGAAGAGAACAAACAUAUCCAAAUUUCGACGGGUGCUCAGAAGUCAGAAAAUGUGAUGGUCAGUGCAGACUGAAGUGAGACUAUGAAAACUAUGGCCAGUGUGUUUGGCCCUAUUUGGAAUACAACUAAACCUUCUACAUCUUCAGAAAAAAUCCAUUACAAGAUUGACCCUGACAAAUGCUAUGACUGGCUGACCAGAGACAACAAAGACACAAAAAAAGACAACGAAGACGAUUCGGGCGAUUUCAAAGACAUCGUUCUACCCAAAGCUCUUGAUGGUGGCUGGGGAUGGUUUGUGGUGCUGGGAGCAUUUGGCGUUAGCGUCAUUUGUGAUGGUAUCUCCUACAGCUUUGGUGUCCUGUAUUACGAGCUGCUCAACCACUACAAUGAAAACAGAAGCAAGACAUCUUUUGUGGGCAGUGUCUUUUUUGGAGUUUCCAUGGUUGUAGGCCCAGUCUCCAGCAUGUUGACUUCACGGUUUGGAGCGAGAACGAUGACAAUUGUUGGCGGGUUGACGUCUUCGCUGGGGAUGCUUCUCAGUAUGAUUGCACCUUCCCUUGAUGUUCUCUUCGUCACGUUUGGUGUCAUUGUCGGAAUUGGAUUUUCCUUUUGCUUCAACGCUAGCAUCGUGAUCGUUUCUUUCUAUUUCGAAAAGAAGCGAUCACUAGCCACAGGCAUCGCAGUCUGUGGAACAGGCUUAGGCACUGUGACCUUUGCUCCAUUCAUGGACUACUUGAUUAAUACAUACAGUUUGGCAGGAUUUUUCUUGGUUUUAUCAGGAGUUUCUUUGAAUCUGGUGGUUUGUGGGAUGUUGUUUCGACCUUUGCAUUUCACAAAACUAGAACGUCGAGCUCGGAUGCUAAGCACAUUUGACAAGAUCCCAUAUGACAGAAGAGAUCUUGAAAUGCCUGAAAACAUUUUUGGGAAUGGUGACGAAGAGAACGACACUAUGUCAUUAGUUGGUUUGCCAGAGUUCGCGCCAACACUUUUAAAGAGACACCACUCAGUAGCUUUAAUGAAAGCUCUCCAUAAAGGAAAGAACCCUGAUCUAACUCUGAAGAGAUACAUGUCUAACGUAAUGUUUCAGAUCAUUAAUCUGAAAGAUAAAGAAAAUCAAGAAGGAACUUCAGUUGAUGCAGUACACUAUAAACAUCUGAGCGUGUUCAGCCCAAGAAUGUUACUUGUUGGUUUAGAAUCGGAGAUCAUUUUUAACCCAAAAACUAGUUCUUCAGAAACUUAUUUUGCUCCAAGUUUGACUUCAAUACGAAGAGGCAGCGUCUACAUAGCCCAAGGGCACACUCUAAUGCAUUCUUUAAGUACUUCACAGCGUCGGCAGUCGCAACAUAAAAGACCAUCUUUAAGGCGACCAAGUCUCAACCCGAGCGUUAUUGAUUCCGCCCAUGCCAAGCCCCGCAGAAACUACCAACUUUUGAAAAGUUACUCGGAGACUAAUGUGCAUGAUACAAAACAGCAAGCAAGCAGUCAGAAAAAUUCCCUUACGCUAAAUCUUCCAUUGUAUCGUACAGACAUUUUCUUCCGACGACUCAACCUCAGUUGCAAUGUCGGAACCAGCUGUCCCCAACUGUAUGUAAAUGACAUCUAUGAGAGACAACACGAUGUUUCGUCUUUAAAGUGGUUUAGUCAAAAAGUUCGUCGAUUCUUCAAUAGUUUGGUAGAUUGUAGCCUUUUCCGAGAACGUUUUUUUGUGGUAUUUUUAAUGUCGAACUUUUUCUACUAUUUUUGGAGUGACGUCCCUUACAUGUACGCCACUGACCAUGCGACGUACGUAGGCGUUGGCCCUGAUAAGGGCGCUUUGAUAAUCUCUUUCGUGGGCGCUGCCAACUUUAUGGGGCAGAUCGUCUUUGGCUUUAUUGGAGACAUGAAAGUGAACCUCCUUCUGGUUUACGCCGUCUCCUCCACACUUUCAGGCGUGUUUAUUAGCUGUGUACCGCUGAGUAGUAGCUAUACCAUUAUGGUCAUUUGCUAUGUCUUCUUUGGAUUUUUUAUUGCCGUCAGUUAUCCACUAACUACAGUGAUUCUGGUCCAGUAUCUUGGCCUGGGCAAACUGUCAAGGGCUUACGGAUUGCUCAUGUUGACACAAGGAGUGGGAAACUUCGUAGGACCCAUUGUGUCGGGGUGGAUUGCAGACACCACGGGGGGUUACGCCUUGACUUUCUACACCAGUGGUGCAUUCUAUAGUCUCUCUGGCCUGGUACUCUUUAUGGUCUACAUACCAAAGUGUUGAGGGAAGACGUAGGGACUAAACGAGACUCAGCUGAACAUAGUCAACACGCCAACACAGACUGAAGAGCAUUGUAAACAUUGUACCUAUUGUGCAUAUUAUUUGUAUUUAAUUAUAUUGUACUUGAAUUGUUUUUCUUUAAGGUAUUGAGAAGAUGUUUCACAAGUAAACACAAUAUGUUGUUCUGUGUGUGUGUGUGCAUGAAUCGUGCUGGUGUGAGACGUACGUGUUUUUACUUCACAUCAAGACUUGAACAAAGAAAUUGUACACCAUGAACUUAUUGACUUAUUGAGAGCUUAACGCGUCUGUGCCUUACCUUAAAGCCUCAUUCAAGCAGCUAGGGAUCGUCUCAUGGAAAUGAGAUGAGAGCUUUGACAUUAGGUAUGGUCAGAGCGAUGUCGCCCACACAGCAGUUCCCCACUUCUGCUCUGGUCACAGCGAUGUCGCCCACACAGCAGUUCCCCCUUCUCCUCUGGUCAGAGCGAUGUCGCCCACACAGCAGUUCCCUCUUCUCCUCUGGUCAGAGCGAUGUCGCCCACACAGCAAUUCCCCCUUCUCCUCUGGUCAGAGCGAUGUCGCCGAAACAGCCAUUCCCCCUUCUCCUCUGGUCAGAGCGAUGUCGCCCACACAGCAAUUCCCUCUUCUCCUCUGGUCAGAGCGAUGUCGCCCACACAGCAAUUCCCUCUUCUCCUCUGGUCAGAGCGAUGUCGCCCACACAGCAAUUCCCUCUUCUCCUCUGGUCAGAGCGAUGUCGCCCACACAGCAAUUCCCCCUUCUCCUCUGGUCAGAGCGAUGUCGCCCACACAGCAAUUCCCUCUUCUCCUCCGCACAAAGGACUUAAAGGAACGGAUCAACGAUGUUGCAGGUUCCGCCAGGUGUUAGUACUGUCUGCUGUGUGAGUAAGGGUCACCAGGGUCUGAUAGCGGGUUAGUACUGUCUGCUGUGUGAGUAAGGGUCACCAGGGUCUGAUAGCGGGUUAACUCUAAAGCCUGUCCCAUGUUUGGGUAUAGCCGCAAUGCAGCAGAGGUUUGAAUUAAGUUUUCUUUCUCCUAGUUGAGUAGUCAGCCGAGGCUUACGAGAUUCCCCUGCCCUAAGCUUACUACUUUAGGAGUGAGUUGCUUCGCUUCACCCCUUCUCUUGUCAGUGAUUACAGUUCCUUAGGACCCUAAAUCUAAGGCAAUCUAUGUCACAUGUGAAGGCCGGGAGUUGGACUGGGUGUCAAAGGUUAUUUUUGAGUAAAACACAUGCCGCUGGGAGUAGUAAUGACUUUACUAGUAUAUUCAAUCAUAUUAUGUUGGGAAAGGAUUUCCUAGUUUAAAUGAUUCUCAAAUAUUAAAACUUGUGUGCAUACAUUU